GGCGCCCCCUGGCGGCCCCGACCUCGCCGCCGCCGCCGCCGCGGCUCCCACAAUGCUCGCGUGGCCCCGCUUGGGCUCCCGUGGCGGCGGCGACGGCGGCGGCGGCUCCAAGAUGGCGCAGACGAUCUUCGAGGCCCUGGAGGGAAUGGACAACCAGACCGUCCUGGCUGUCCAGUCGCUGUUGGAUGGUCAAGGAGCAGUCCCUGAUCCAACAGGCCCGAGUGUCAAUGCACCCCCUGCUAUCCAGCCGCUGGAUGAUGAGGACGUCUUUCUCUGCGGGAAGUGUAAGAAGCAGUUCAACUCACUGCCGGCGUUUAUGACGCACAAGCGGGAACAGUGCCAGGGGAAUGCCCCGCCCCUGGCCACAGUGUCACUGGCCACCAACAGCAUCUACACGCCUUCCGCAGCACCCACAGCAGUCCCGCAGGCCCCGCCUCCCACGAAUCGCCAGAUCUCCACGUACAUCACAGUGCCCCCAUCCCCGCUGAUCCAGACCUUGGUGCAGGGGAACAUCCUGGUGAGCGAUGAUGUGCUCAUGUCUGCCAUGUCAGCUUUCACAUCCCUGGACCAACCGAUGCCCCAGGGCCCCCCGCCUGUGCAGAGUAGCCUGAACAUGCAUUCUGCGCCCAGCUACCUCACUCAGCCUCCACCACCCCCUCAACCCCCUCCACCGCUGCCCCCACCCCCACCCCCUCAACCUCCACCCCCACCUCAGAGCCUGGGUCCCGCCGGGCGUUCCAACCCUGGUGGGAAUGGCGUGGUGGAGGUGUACAGCGCCGCGGCGCCCCUGGCUGGAAGUGGGACAGUGGAGAUCCAGGCAUUGGGAAUGCAGGCCUACCCACCCCUGGAGGUGCCAAACCAGUGUGUGGAGGCUCCAGUAUACCCCGCACCCCCAGUGUACAGCCCCGGCAAACAGGGAUUCAAACCAAAAGGACCCAACCCCGCUGCCCCCAUGACCAACGCCACUGGGGGCACGGUGGCCACCUUUGACUCCCCUCCAGCGCUGAAGACUCGACGGGCCAAGGGUGCCAGUGGACUCCCAGAAGCUGCAGGGAAGCCAAAGGCUCAGAAACUCAAGUGCUCAUACUGUGACAAGUCCUUCACCAAAAACUUCGACCUGCAGCAGCACAUCCGAAGCCACACUGGUGAGAAACCCUUCCAGUGCAUUGCAUGUGGCCGCGCCUUUGCCCAGAAGUCUAAUGUCAAGAAACACAUGCAGACCCACAAGGUGUGGCCUCCAGGGCGCAGUGGUGGCACCAUCUCACGCAACUCUGUGACUGUGCAGGUCAUGGCCCUGAACCCCAGCCGACAGGAGGACGAGGAGAGCACAGGGUUGGGCCAGACACUGUCGAGUGCCCCACAGCCCCAGGCCUUGCCCACAGCAGGUGAGGAUGAAGGGGAGAAGCUGGAGGGCAAGCAGGUGGUCCUCAUCGAUAGCUCCUACCUAUGCCAGUUCUGCCCCAGCAAGUUCAGCACUUACUUCCAGCUCAAGUCCCACAUGACCCAGCAUAAGAAUGAGCAGGUGUACAAGUGUGUGGUCAAAAGCUGCGCUCAGACGUUCCCGAAGCUCGACACAUUUCUGGAGCACAUCAAGAGCCACCAGGAGGAGCUGAGCUACCGCUGCCACCUCUGCAGCAAGGACUUCCCCUCCCUGUAUGACCUGGGCGUGCACCAGUACUCCCACAGCCUCCUGCCGCAGCACAGCCCCAAGAAGGACAGCACGGUCUACAAAUGUGUCAAAUGUGUCAACAAAUACUCUACCCCUGAGGCCCUGGAGCACCACCUACAGACCGCCACCCACAACUUCCCCUGCCCGCACUGCCAAAAGGUGUUUCCUUGCGAACGCUACCUUCGGCGUCACCUGCCCACACAUGGCAGCGGAGGCAGGUUCAAGUGCCAGGUGUGUAAGAAGUUCUUCCGGCGGGAGCACUACCUCAAACUGCAUGCUCACAUCCACUCAGGUGAGAAGCCCUACAAAUGCUCAGUGUGUGAGUCCGCAUUCAACCGCAAAGACAAACUGAAGAGACACAUGUUGAUCCACGAGCCAUUCAAGAAAUACAAAUGCCCCUUCUCGACACACACAGGCUGCAGUAAGGAGUUCAACCGGCCAGAUAAGCUGAAGGCUCACAUCCUCUCCCACUCUGGCAUGAAGCUCCACAAGUGUGCCCUGUGCAGCAAGUCCUUCAGCCGCCGCGCCCACCUCGCCGAGCACCAGCGCGCCCACACGGGCAACUACAAGUUCCGCUGUGCUGGCUGCGCCAAGGGCUUUUCCCGCCACAAAUACCUCAAGGAUCACCGCUGCCGCCUCGGACCCCAAAAGGAUAAGGACCUGCAAGCCCGGCGGCCCCCCCGGAGGAGGGCCGCCCCCCGCGGUGGCAGCAGUGGUGGACACAAGGUGGUGACGUCCCUGCCUGACCCCCUGGGGCUGGAGGAGUUGAAGGACCCCGGGACUGGGCCAGUGCCCGAGGCCGCCCCAGGCAAGCCACCCUUCUCAGAGCCAGACGCCGUGCUGUCCAUCGUAGUGGGUGGCACAGUGGGCAGUGAACCUGAGCUGGUAGUGCCUGGGCAUGCUGAGGGCCUGGGCCCCAACCUGGCACUGGCAGAGCUACAGGCAGGGGCUGAUGGCCCGUGUGCCAUGCUUGCUGUGCCUGUCUACAUCCAGGCCUCUGAGUGAUGGACCCACGGCGUUUGCUCCCAGCCUGAUGCUCACCUUUGGGUCCACGGCCCCUGGGGACAGAGAAGAUCCUUCCCAGUGGAAGCGAGCUGUCAGCAGAGAUGGCCUGUGACUGCCCCGCUGUGUCCCCUAUCCUCCUGGAAAGCCCUGUCGCAUUCGGGGACCUGGGGCAGGGCUGCUUAUGGCUUCCAGGCAGGAGUGAUAGCAAGAGGGAUGGCUGGAUCUGAGUAGCCCGGGGUUUGGCUGGUGCAGGCUUGUAGCCUAAACAGAGAAGACAGGGUGGCCCUGCCACCCCCCUUUGGGCUGCCUUAAGGCUGGCCUGUAGUCAGGUUGCUCGUUGGGCAGCCUGACAUGGCCAGAGCCCUUAUCUGCUCUACCUUUUUACAUAUGGCUCCUCACAGCAUCUUCAGAUGCCUCUGAUGUAGGCACUUAGGAGGCACUGUGGUUAGAGUGCAGCUAUCGGCCAAAUCUGGCUUCAGAUUCAAGUGCUGUACUCACUGCUGUGUGAUGUUGGGUAAGUCACUUCACCUCUCUGAGCUCUGUGUUCCUCCUCUGAACAAUGAGGGUAAUGACAACACUACCUCAUGGGGCUGUCAUGGGGAUCUGGUAUGCUGAAAUAUGCAAAGGGUUCACAUAGUGCCCGGCACUUGGAAAGUACUCAAUAAAUGUUUUUAUCAAAAUGUGUGUCACAUGGCUUAGACCCUAGCUUCUUAGAUCCUAUGUGGCAACAUUCUCCCCUCCACAGUGUGUGGGGCUGAGGGGGCCUUGGUCCCUUCCUAGGGCUGUCUGCCCCAUGAGCCUCGGAGAAGCUUUGUGCUCCCAGAACAGCUGUUUCAGAACAUAGCCCUUGCAAACACUAAGAAGGAAGAGUUUCUACUCGCUUUUGAAAAUGCAGGAUCCUGGCCUUGCCCCCAAACCCUCUGGAAUCAGAAACCCUGACUCGAGCCAGAGGUCCACCUUGAGCAGGUCUCUGGAUGGCCGUAGAUGUCCCUGCAUCCAGCAUCCCCUUCCCCAUCACCAGCUGGUCCAGGGGGAAGCAAACCAGGCUCGUUGGGGGGCUGGAGAGAGAAAAGCGGCCUUGGCUGAGUUGCGGGCACAUCGCCUCCGUUACAGGUGAGACUGAGGCUCAGGAGAGGACAGGGCAGGAUGUGGCAGAUGGUUGGACUCAGUUUGAUGGCUGAGUUUCCUUGACGGCUAGCACAUAUCUUAGACAUCUGCUCAGAGCAAGCCUGGCUCCUCACAUCCUCAGGAAGGGUAGGAAGCAAUGGGAGGGACAAAUGAGUUAGCCAAGGGGGUGAGAGGUGUACCCAGCCCUCAUAAAAGCCAGGAGAGGGACUGGAGGAGAUGGGAAGUCUCUGAAGGAUGUGACGUUUGAGCUGGGCCUUGAUAUAGAGUGGUUUUGUGUGUGUUGUUGUUUCUUUUGUUAAUCCUUGCAUAAGGAUAUUUUUUCCAUUGAUUUUUAGAGAGAGUGGACAGAUGGAGGGAGGGGAGGGUG